AUGUCGAGCGAGCCAAUCAUAACCACUUAUCACCAGUACUAUCCUCCUGGAGUCAAACAGGUUCUCGCCUCGGGAAGUAGCGCGUGGGUUGGAGAUGUUAAUGAGACUACCGUUUUCAAAUACCCUCUCGCCCCCGGUGGCGACAUGGAACGCCUCAAAAUCGAGCAAAAAAUUCUUGAAGUGAUUUGUCCCCAUCCCAGAAUUAUAACUCUAAAAAGGGUCUCGGACACGGGAAUCUAUCUAGAGCGUGCCACGAACGGUACUGUAGCUAAUUAUCUGCUCGACUCUGGCAUCCCCUCUUCGUCAAUUUCAACUUUGCAGCGAGUGGUCUGGUGCAGAGAGACGGCCGAGGCAGUCGCGUAUAUCCACACUCGAUACAUACUGCAUUGCGAUAUUCAGCCUACAAACAUUCUUCUCGACGACAAACUGCAUAUCAAACUCGCGGAUUUCCAAGGCAAAUUAUUAGGGGAAGACGGAAAGGUGUUGUUGGAUGGGUGGAGUGGGGAGCCUACUCGAUUUGCGUUUCCAAGGACAGGUCUUAGCUCUGAUGUUUAUACCGAGUUAUUUGCACUUGGUUGUACAAUAUAUUUCAUUAUGAUGGGCUAUGCGGUGUAUCCGGAUAUCGUAGAUGGGUCGGAGGACUGGCGUGAGAGGGUUGCGGAGAGGUUUGAAAAGAAGGACUUUCCACAAGAUGAUAAUGCUUGUAGGGCGAUCAUUAUGAAGUGUUGGAUGCAGCAAUAUGGUUCUGCGGAUGAAAUUGUGAAUGACCUGGAAGCUGCUGAAAGAUACUUGGGGCAGGAUAGUGAAUAG